GCCGCCCAUUGCCCCCGCUCCCUUCGCCGCGAUGCAGCCCUUGGACGGCACCAUGGGGUUUAACGGAUACUCCGUGCUGGGUCUCGGGGGUCAGCCGGGCCCGCCCACGGGCACCGGUGGUGCUGUCGGGCGCCUCCGCAACGCAGCCUCCAGCAGCGUCGGCGCCAAUCAGGAUAUGACGGAUAGUCCCAGUCGUCGCUCGAGCCUGGACCGAGCCCCAGCUGACCCGGUCUCCUCGGAGGGGCUGACCGCAUUGCCGCCCGAUGGAGCCAUGCCCGCUCACCCGGCGCUGUCGUCCGAGUGCCCCUCUCCACUCGUGCACCGCAGCUUGUUCAGCCAGGCGUGGGGACCGUCCGGCCUCUCUACGCCUUCAGGCACAGCCAUGCGGCGUGUCGCCCACUGCAGCGCAUGCGCGCGUCUCCCCUCCCUGUGCGUCUCCCCAUCGCAUCGCCGCGUCUGCCCGUGCUUCUCGUGCCCUCCAACCCCGCCGGGCGGCUGCGCCGCUACCCUCCGCUCGUGGGCGGUCAUCCCCGGCGGGAGCUGUCGACGGGGCCGGCGAGACUCGCCGCCUUGACGACGAUACCGCGACCGCAACGACCGUCGCCGCGACAAGCGUGACUGCGGCGGCAGCAAACCAGGUGCCCGCUCAGCCGCCGGAAUUCUUCUCGCUUCCUGCCUCGCCCGCUUCGCCCACCUCGCCCGCCUCGCCCGCCUCGCCGCGGGGCCGCCGGCGGCAGCAGCAACUGCUGGGGCGCUGCUGUCACCAAGCGAACUGCGCCAUCAGGCGCGCGGUGACCGCCGGAGAUCACCAGCAGCGGCGCCGGCUCGCGGCAGCGCGUCGAUCCUCGACCCCCGAUCCCUUCUUCCUCUUCGACGCAAACGGCGAGGAGGACGACGAUGAAAACGACGAUGACGAGGACGACGACGUGGUCGUUGACGGCGCUGCCGCUUCGGCCGCGUCCACGCAAGCGUCGGACGCAGUUGGUGCAGGGACCGGUGCUGCUGCUGCCGCUGACGUUGCGGUGUUGGUAGCGGCCACCCGCCAGUUGAUGGCGAACCGCGUCGAGCGGCUCCACCGCUGCUGGGAAGCAACCAAGGCGGCGCUGGCAGUGGCCACCGACGUGCCACCCGACACCGAUGGCGCCGCGGAGUCGUCGGCAUCGGCGUUAGGCUGCGCCCGGCCUCCGACCCCGGUGCCUGGCUUGGAUGAGGUUCAAUUCCCGGGCGAGGGCGACGGCUCGCACUUCGACUUCCCGCCCCUGCCUCAGGAGCUGCGGGCGGAGCCACACGCGCGGGGAAACGGCGCCGGCGAUAAUGUCGGUUCGUCGACGCUGCUCCACUCUACACCCAAGCGGCGCUGCGGCUUCCGCUGGCCGUCGACCACGGGGGUGGCUGGGCCGGCGGAUUGGGCCAAUGCCUGCCAGCGUUUGCCACGCUCCCCGGCGAUUGGCUACCCAUUCCGCCGUCGCUCAGCCGAGCCAUCUGAUGUUUUCCUGUCAAUGCCGCCGCCGCCGCCGCCACCACCGCCACCACCGCCGCUGCCGCCACCACCGCCGCCGCUGAUGGUGCUAUCCGCGUUGGUGAGGAGUGCGGCGCUGGGAGCACCGGUGGAAUUGGCCAGCGCUGGGGAAGCCUCGGAACGCCAGCCGCCCUUCGAACGUGACGGUGCGGACGGGGCAAGGACGACCAGCUCGAGCUAUGAACCGAUUGGUGGGCGCCUCCCGCAGUACAUGCAGUCCGAGUCGCAGGUUCUGGGUGGCAGCUAUGAUCUCGCCCUGCCACGAGCCCACUUCUACCCGCACAUGGCAUCCUUGUACCACCACCAUCACCACCACCACCACCGCCACCAUCACCACGGCCACAUCCAGCAGCAGCAACAGCAUCAGGAGCAGCAGAGGAGCGGAGGGGAUGGCCAGGCCUUCGCGCACCACACUUCGAUGAGAGGGCACGGGGCGGCCGAUGCACGGCUGUCUUCGCACGUCUCGUAUGGACAACCCAUCUUCGUGGCGAACGGCGGCGUGCCGGUGCCGUACUACGUCCGCCAGCAGCAGCAGCAGCAACAGCAACAGCAGCCCAACGAUGAUGGCGAUGGUGUCGGGGAUCGCGACCGGGAGCCACCGCUGUCCGUGCCGCGGUACCGCGCGUUCCCCCGCACGAGUGCCGCGCACCGUGGGGACGACGCGCAGGCCACUCGAGACGACUCCAGGUCUCGCGGCGAGGCCGACUUCCAUCACGCCGUCCCGCGCACCGUCCUGCCGCUGCCGCCCCACUCGCUGCUGCGCUCCACACGUCCCUCCCCCGUCCGGGUCCAGCACUCCACGCUCGGGAGCUCCUCCUCCCACCCCUCGCCCAUGCUCGGUUUACCCCGGGUAUUUAUGGCGGAGAUCCUCACCGUGCCAAGGCCGGAGCUGGAGGACCUGAUGAAUUUUGACUUCCAGUUCAUCCUGCACGGGGCGUCUCAGAGCACGAUCGAGUGGUACACGUGCGCGCACAAGUACAAGAAGCUGAGGCCUCGUAAAGAGGACAAGAGGCCAGACGGCGAAGAGAGCGAUGAUGAGAAAUGCACCAUCUGUCUGUGCGAGCUGGAGGACGAGGAGGAUGUGAGGAGGCUGCCCUGCAUGCAUCUCUUCCACCAAACGUGCGUCGACCAAUGGCUCGUCACCAACAGGAAAUGCCCGAUCUGCCGGGUCGAUAUCACAGCUCAGCUGCCCGUGAAACCCUGAUCAGUUCGGAGCAUCAUCCCCCCCCCCUCUUCUCUGCCCCUCCCCACUGCCCCACUCCCCACCGCCCCACUCCCCACCGCCCCUCUCCCCACCGCCCCUCUCCUCCGACACACGAGACCCACAAUGCGAUGAGAUGCCUACCUUCCUCACUGCAGUGCACACACACCAGUAGUGUAGUCCUACCCGUACAGCCCCCGUUGCGUGUAUACAGCCCGUGCGAUGAUCCACUGCUGGACGACGGCCUUGCCCUCGUACAAUGCGGGUCGUCGGGGUUAUUUGACCGCACUCCCCCCCUCCCCUCCCGCUGGUCAGCGCGGGUCGGUGAAGGCGGGGAAGUCUGGUUGGCGCAAAGGAGGACGGUGCAAGCCGCUUCACAAAACUGUUCCUCGUAAAAAGCUGGUUUGGGAGAGGUUCAGUUGUAACCCGUCCAGCAUUUGAAACGGUUUGGUCAAAGCUGCUGGGCGAGAUCCAAUUAUUCCACGCGACGAGGGCUGUUCGGUGCAGACGCAGCGCGAUGCACCCAUUCGUCCUGUAAGGACAACGAUGAUCACGCGAUGGAGCUUGUGGAUCGCCGGUUUUCACGCGGUGUCUGCGGUGGCCCGGUAACCUCUGUUCACGACGACGUUUUACAAAGAACCUGUUCUCCCGCAUUGAAUCGUGAUCUGUGAAUCGCAACGAUUAAUCGAAUCGCAGGGCAGGUGAAAUCGAUACGCCGCUGCUCCUGGCGUAACUCUCUUUAUUGUCGCAAUCCUUGCACUGGAUAUUUUUCUGACCUAUUAUGAUCUCUCGAGGAGAUGGUAUCUGCCAUUGAUGUCGUUUCGUAUAUUUUGCACUUGCAUCCCUCUGCUGCGUACACGCACACCUGCUUGGCAUUCCGUCGUCGACUUUUUGCUUUCCUGCCUCCCACACUUUUGAAUUUACGGCACGCUGUUUGUUUUUGUCACUCGAUUGUACGAUAUGCAGCCAUUUGAAUAGGCGUAGUUAACCUACUGGAUUGUUUUGCAUUCGUUUUAACGUUGGCAUCAGAAUGUUUUUUUUCUUGUUAUUUUGUUGAAAAUAAUCUCACCCGUUCUCUAACAAGGUUGACCAGAUGAUCGAUAGAAAGGCCAGUAAAUAAUGAGGUCUUCAGACGAUGAACAAAUCCUCUCAAGAGGGUACAGAUCUAUCUGUUACGUGGUCUUUAGAGACGAACCACUUAUGAUCGGCUCUUUAUACAACAGAAUAGACAAACCAGUUCCUGAUUGAGCCUCUAGACAAAUGUCAUAAAAAAAAAAUCUCAAGUAGGCCCUAAAUUUGCUUUGCCGUUUCUGCGGCUCCCCUCGCGUUGAACGAAGAUCUCCGAUUUUCAUUGUUUCGCGCACAAAGGUGGGAAUGAUGUAGAAGCAAAGUUUGAUGUGUUUUGAGGUUGAGCAAGUGCUGCUUUGAACCUUCGCAAAGCACCCACGGUGAUCGAAGUUAGACAUUUUGCGGUGUUUCAUGCUGCGCCCCUAUAAGCUGAGCGCAGGUUGGGAUAUUUUUUUUUCCCCCGUUAGGAAAAAUAAUAAGUCAUGGUUUCUUGCAUGAAGACCUUGCGCUGUUUUUGAAGCACGUGUUCAUUUGGUGCUUGCGUCACGUUUCGGUUUCGCGUGACGUUUUCGACUCCCAUGACGCCCGCAGAAUUAACAGUUAUGUCACGCAGCAGCUUUACGCUGAAAAUGUUAACAACAAAAAAUCGCCACCCAUCGGCUUGUUGCAGGGAGAAACCUCUACACGGCACACGUGCAGCCCAUUUGUCAGACCACUGCUGGAUGAGGGCCUUCCCCAUGCCUGUGUGGGUCGUGGCGAUUAUUUGACCGUACUUUGCCACGCUGAAGUACGGUAAACGCAGGUGGCAUCGACGCGAGAGCUUCGAAGUGCAGCAAAAAAGUAUCCUGCUGCCCACCACAUAGCUCCAAAGCAGCCUAUAACACCUGUUUUGCAUGGUGGUCACCCAUCCAGGAAGCAACAAUAGUCUAAUCCUGCAGUACUUUUUGCGUUGAUCUUUUUUUUUUGCAAGCACAUCGGUGCAAUAGAGUCUGUGCAAGUUUGUGGUUAGAAGAAACGCAAUAAUAAAAACAUGUUUAAGGUGAAAAUAACGUUACUGUAAAUGGCUCAUCUUGCUGUGAAUACAAUAACAUUUUCCUCAAUAUAGUUGGAAUGGGUACACCACAUCCCUCACAUGUAACAAGGUUUGUUUUUGGACAGUGGACCCAUCAAAAGUGAACAAAAAAAUGCAUUGUAGUCCUGAAGCUGAGUGCGCACAGCAAUGAUUCUUUGGUGUUGAGCUGCAUCCCCAUGCCGUGCAGGUUCCCGUAAUAAAGUUCAACACAGCAAUGCCGGCA